GCUAGCAAACAAAACCUGUUGGUGUUUGUUAAUGUAGAGUGUAUGUAUAAAAAUACAUGUAUAUUUGCACAAGUUUUGUCACACGAUAUCCUAUUCAAAACAACAAGGUAUGUUCGUGCUUGUUUUAUAUUACAUACUUUUUUAUUCACUGUAAUCAACUGAAUGUUCGUCACAUACUUUGUAGUUAAAACUGACGAUUUUAGGCUUCGGUGUGGUUUUGAUGAUUGAUUGUGUAUUGUUUAACGUCCCUUUCGAGAAUAUUUUACUCAUAUGGAGACGUCACCACUUCCGGUGAAGGGCUGCAAAAUUUUGGCGUAUGCUCGGCGCUUACGGCCUUUGAGCAGGGAGGGAUCUUUAUCGUGCCAUACCUGCUGUGACACGGGGCCUCGGUUUUUGCGGUCUCAUCCAAAGGACCACCCCAUUUAGUCGCCUCUUACGACAAUCGAGGAGUAUUGAGGACCUAUUCUAACCCGAAUCCCCACUGGAUGGUUUCGGUGUGGAAAUACAUAUCCUAUAUAUAAGUGCGAAACUUUCAACAUUUCGUUUGAAAGUGGAAUACAAAUAAGAUUACACCGACUUAGUUGUUUUACUCACCUUAUAAAGAAAAGCUUAUAUCUGUACUGUUUAUGUCUAGACAAGUGUUAUGCCUGUAACCCUAUCCAUAUGUUUAAUAUGCAGAUCUAGGGGGGAGGGGGAGGACUGCGAAAUUUAUAAUUUGUAAAGUGUAUACCAUCAUGAAAAAAAAGUUACUAGUAUUACAUUUGUAAGUAAUGAGGAUAGAACAAAAUCACAAAAUUAUCAUUGCUUUGGUACAGUUUAGGCAGUCACAACUUCGUUCCUCAUUAGAAAUUAACGAAAAAGAAAUUGUACACUAUUCAUCGGGCAGGAAAACCGUUCAUCAUGUCAAGUCUCUCUGGCUAAAGAACAUCUCAUACCAGAAAACAUCAGUCAUGACACAUGCUCUUUCUGAUUGUCUAAUCAGUUUUGCAUUAAAGUUCAAACAAGGCUUUUGGUAAUUUAGAAUUUUCUCAAAGCUCCUAAAUUUAUGCACUAAACUGUAAGUAACAUGCGAAAAAAAUAAUCCUUCAUUAUUUACUUGUGUGGGAUCGGGGAAUUGCACAUCUGGAACAAGAUUGGCUGUCUAAGACUCUGCAAAACCUCGUCCUAGACUGCGAAUCUUGUCCCCUCGGUAGAAUAUCCCCAUCCCAAAUCGUACUAAUAAAGGAUUCUAAUAAUCUCACAUGGGUAAAGUUGAUCUCACUCUGGUGAAAAUGUAAGAAACCAAUGUAACUGCGAUGAAGAAUAUUUCGCGCCAUUUAAAUUUCGUCCAAUUUGAGUGGAUGAAGUUAAUUUUCUACAAAAGGCUUAACCCCCUUGAGCUCAUUUUCGUAACUGAAAAUAGAAGAAUUUUUCGUGUUAUAACGGGUAACUUUCGCGUUAUAAUGCGUAAGUUUUGCGAAUUAACGCGUAACUUUCGCGUUAUAAUGGGUAACUUUCGCAUUAUAACGCGUAACUUUCGCGAUUAACGCGAAACUUUCGAGUUCUAAUGCGAAACAUUCUAUAUAUAGUUAUGUAAAAUAGGAACCCAUUAAUAGUACAAUGUACAAUGGCUUGCCAAACACAUGACAGUGUCUACUUUUAUCUAGGUGGACAGAAUUGAUUUUCAAUAUAUAGUCUUUAAAAGUAGAAUGAAAAAAUUAUGGCUAAUGUUUGACAAUUCUAAGACGAAAUCAAUAAAUAAAUGACGAGAAAUUCAUGAUAAAUUCCCGGGUCUCUUAUCAACAACAGGUGGAGUCAAAACAAAUGAUAUCCCCAAAUAAGGGUACACAAACCGACAAGAUUAGGGUGAUCAGUGUAAUCGAUGGAACUACUCAACCAAACGGACAAAGGUUUGUUUGAAAAUGUGCACGAUCGUGAAUUGAGGAGGACCUACCUGGAAUAUGUGCAUUUGUUGAUAAGGAAAACUAAUCAGGUGACGCUGCACGGUUAUCAUGAGUGCGGAUAAGAAAAGGCGUUCCUCAAAAGUGGCAGAUUCAAGUAUGGAGAUGACAGAGGUGCAUAAAAGUAACGAAACAAAACAAGGACAUGGAGAUUUGGAUAAAGCAGAGAAGACAAAAACUUUGUCAGGGGAAAGAAAAGACAGUACAAAAACAGACAAUCGUAGAAAGAUAACCGUCAAAUCCAAAACCUCGGAGGAGCACAACAAUAUAGUGGACUCUGUGGAGGACGUGAUGGAGGACCUCCACUGCUGUAUCCGUGUCCGAAAUAAGAUGUGGUUUAAGGUGUUUGUGUUCCUAGUGGUGCUAGGACUUGACAGUGCCGAUCUGAUCUCCGACUGGCUGCUAUUUCGGGACGUGUUUUCCACAGAGGAAGGUUUAGUAUAUGGCCCCCCGGAAGAUGCGCUCACUUACGCUUUGCUAUCCUUCUCUAUUCUGGGAACGUUCACUUUUCUUUUCGAGGUGGUGAAUCUGUGGUGGGAAAUAUUCCGGGAUAAUCCGUGGAUAGACUCUGACCUUGCAUCAUCCAUUACCAUCUGGGUGGAAGAUGUUCCCCAGAUCAUCAUUAACGUUCUGAUUGUGUUAUGCCGAGAGGAAGCUAUUAGUUACUUCCAGCUAGUCAAAGCAUCUGUGUUAAUAAUUGGAGUUGUUAUUAGGAUUAUCGUAUCCUUGAUUCGGUAUUGUUCGAAAAAGAAUUUAAAAGAAGCUAAAAAACAUACUCCAGAAUCCCGACGUCACGUGGCGUACCGCGUCUUCAUCAUGUUUGGUUUGAUGUGCGUUCUGGGUGGGUCGAUAGCCAUAUUUAUGCUCACGCAAUUCGAGAGACAUCCUGAUGGAAGUAUACAAUUCAAUCUGCCAAAAACAGCUUUUGAAGGUAAAUUCCACGAGGAGAAAUAUUUUGAUAACGUCAGUAUUUACUUAAACCAUCCAGUAUUGGAUUCCAGUACGGGAAAUUCUGACGUCCAAUUCAUUCGUCUAAUCAGUAUUUAUGAUAUUAGAAACAAAGCUGAUAAAAUUUUCAAACUGUCGUAUGAUGAAAAUACGAAGACAAAUUUCAUCAUCUGGGAAUCUGAUAACAGUGGGAACCUUCAAACAAAAGAAUGUUUUUCAAUUAACAAAGGCACCAAACUCGUGACGAUAUCCCCCUCCUGCUCCGCUAGCUUUAUCACGUCUCAAAAGUCAGAGUUUACUUUUAAAUUCCACUUUCUACAUCCUUCCAUACCCGAGCUAAUCUUUGGUGACAUCACAUAUAACGUCAAAGUUCAAGAAAACGGAAAUUGUCACGAUCCAACCUCUGACAUCGUCACAAACCCGAACCAACGUUCAGGAACUGGAAACGCGCGUUCUGCCGUGAUACACUACUACCGUACCCACCUUAGCUCCGAUUCCCAUCUCCUCACUACCCGGCUUUACGAAUAUCCCUCUGAUUUAACAGAUAUUGCAGAGAUCUGGAAGACAGGGUUCGCUUCCUGUGAGAGUUCCGGAAGUUUAGCGCCACACAGGGACACGUCACUUUCCACAACGUGUGCUUGAACACUACCGACACCUUGAUAAUUCAUGUUUAAUGUACAUGUAAUGUAAAUAUCUUGACAAUGUUUUGUAUCUUACUGUGAUGUUUAAUAUACAUGUAAUGUAAAUAUCUUGACAAUGUUUUGUAUCUUACUGUGAUGUUUAAUGUACAUGUAAUGUAAAUAUCUUGACAAUAUUUUGUAUCUUACUGUGAUGUUUAAUGUACAUGUAAUGUAAAUAUCUUGACAAUGUUUUGUAUCUUACUGUGAUGUUUAAUGUACAUGUAAUGUAAAUAUCUUGACAAUGUUUGAAUUUAAGACGACUAAACAACUGCAAAGGAAUCUUCAUUUCUAAAAAAUGAAAGUAAAGGAAUAACGAAUAAUUUGUAUAUUCAACAAGAUGUAUCGAGAAAUAUAUACAUUGACACAGGAUGGAUUUAUUACUGACAACCAUUGAACAAAUAACUAUAAAUAGAAAUAUUUCAAAUGAUAGUACAUGUACAUCACAAUGUCCUGUGCUGAUGUUUUAUCAUUUCAAAUAUAUUGCUCCAUAUUUCGAUAGCAGCGAUUGAUGAAAGUAGGUCUGACAAUGUGAUGCUAACAACGGAACAAAUUGGAUUUAAGGGAAAAGUCGGUAUUCUCUUUUUUUUUUUUUUUUUUUUUUUUUUUUUUUUUUUUUUUUUUGUUACCGUAUUUAAACCUUAUCUAGUAGAUAUAAGGCUGUUUAUUGAAAUUAUUCCACACAAUUUCAUUUAUUUACAUUCGAUAUUAUCACGUCAAAUCAAUAAAGAGAUCAACCAAUGUUGUAGAUAACG